AUGCCUACACCCAAGAAGAUGCGCGGGAGACCAGCGGCGAACAAGGUGACGAAGCCGGCGCAAGCUUCAUCUGGUCGUACGAGUAAGAGGGCAACAGCGAUCGCGGAAACUGCUGCGCGAGAAGCCUUGUUAGAGAAAAGUACAAACCACAUCGCCGAGAGGACUACGAGAGGCAGAUCCGCACAAGGAGACAUAUCCGUGCACGCUGCAGGUUGCGACACUACGAUUACAGAGAACAAGCCUGUGCUUGGUCGGCCAAGAGGCCGUCCCCCAAAGGCAAAGAAUGCCUCUACCUCGAAGAAGGAUGCGCCGCUUUCUCAGCUGGCAGAGAUACCGGAGACGCAACAGAUGGCCACCGUGGCUAUUGAUGAUAUUGGGAACAAAUUGGAGGAGAAGAUCGAAAGCCCAUUGAUGGACCAGUCUCCCAAACAGCCUCCACUGUCCCCGGCGCAAUAUUCCUCCAGGGCCCUCUCUCUGAGCCCUCGCAAGCAGUAUCCCUCUUCUCCCAGUCGCGAGGCAAGCUCCGCACAACUGCGACGCCGCAUAGGCGAUCUCAACAACAAAUGCGACAGUUUGGAGGCCAAGUACUGCGAUCUUCGGGAGCUUGUCGUCAAGGAAGCCGAGCGCAAUUUUGAUCGUCUACAAAAGCAGAGCGAAGAGCGCGCAAGAGUCGCUAGUGCUCUCAUAUCCAGUCUGCAAGCGGACCUUGAAAUACAACGAGGGCUUGCGAGAGAGGGUCGGAUUGAUAAGACCCGCCUGGACCAGUCAGAGGAAAGAGUAGUAGAGUUGAGCGCCUCGCUGGCCGAAGCUCGAAAAGAAAUCAAGAAUCUGUCUGCAAAACUAUCCGCAAGCAGGACGGUUGAUGCAUCGACUGCCAGAGUUCCGGGCGGUGGCACAAAGGGCAAUCACUCUUCAGCUGCACUUGUCGUUGGUCCAGAUGCUGUUCAAGCGGCACAAAUGAAAGAUGACCUCUAUGCUGACUUGACGGGCCUCAUUGUGAGGAACGUCCGACGCGAGCCGAUUGAGGAUGUCUUUGACUGUCUUCAGACUGGAAGGAACGGUACUCUUCAUUUCAAGUUAUGUGUACAAAACGAGGUCGCCAGCGAAAGCUAUGAGGAAGCACAAUUCACGUACAUGCCGCAACUUGACGAGAGCCGCGAUCGAGAGCUUAUCAAUCUCCUUCCCGAGUUCCUGACGGAUGAGAUUACCUUUCCCCGCCCUCAAGCAGCAAAGUUUUACGCUCGAGUCUCUAAAUCAUUAAUGGAACCUCCCGAGUAGGGUGCUGGCAGUCAAAAUCGAAAGAAUAGUGAGGGAGGAAUUGGUCGACUGGAAGCAGCUGGUUGUCACGGAGUCUGGUUGAUACCCCUUAGGAAUUAUCUUUCCGUAGUCUGACACGAUACUUAUGAUGUCUUUGCCCUCUGAUACACUGGGAAAAUUCCAUAUGAAUGAAAUCGGCCUGGGUGAAAGGCUAUACGC